ACAACAAAGCGUGUGAAGGUAAACAGUAAGCAAAACACGGACCAUCUUGCGAAAGCACGUAUCCACACGCUCUGUGUUUAACAUUACCCGCACUGGACUCGCUUGUCACCGGCUGAGAUUGUCGCCUUGGCCGCACAGGUCUGCAGUGCGCUGCCGUUCCACACCGGUCCUGGAUACCUUUCGCGCGAUGAACCCGAGGAGAGUCGGUCAGACGGUGCUGAGCGUGGAGCAGGCGGAGGGCGUCGGCGCGCGAGUGCGCAGGAGCAUCGGACGGAAAGAACUGAAGUAUUUGGAUCCGUUUCUAAUGCUGGAUGAGUUCCGCGUUCGCAAGCCAGCUGGAUUUCCUGAUCACCCUCACCGCGGAUUUGAGACGGUCUCCUACCUAUUGAGUGGCGUGUCAGCUCAUGAGGAUUUCUGUGGGCAUUGUGGGAAACUGGAGGCAGGGGAUUUGCAGUGGAUGACUGCGGGGCGGGGCGUGGUUCACUCUGAGAUGCCUGUUUCUGAUGAGCCCGUGUGGGGUCUGCAACUCUGGGUGAAUCUAAAGAAGGCGGAUAAGAUGGUGGAGCCUCAGUACCAGGAGCUGAAGAGCCAGCAGGUCCCCAAGCCCAGCAAAGACGGGGUCACCGUGGCUGUGAUAUCAGGGGAAGCCCUCAGUGUGAAGUCAAAGAUUUAUACCAGAACUCCAACAAUGUACCUCGAUUUCAAACUCAAGGAAGGUGCAAGACAUGUUCAACCAAUACCCUUAGGAUGGAAUGCUUUUAUCUACACUCUUUCUGGAUCACUGCACACUGGGCCAGAUGAAGAACAGAAAAAGGUGGAGCCUCAUCACACUGUCGUUUUUGAGGAUGGCGACUGUGUCAAAGUGGAAAAUAAGGCCCCUGAGGAGGCCCAUUUUGUUCUGAUCGCAGGGGAGCCCAUUAACGAGCCUGUGGUCCAGCACGGGCCAUUUGUCAUGACCUCAGAUGAGGAGAUUGAGCAGACCCUCAGAGACUAUGCUUCAGCCACCAAUGGAUUUGAGAGAGCAAACACUGGCGAUCUAAAAUAUGUGACCAAUUCUGACCAUUCCAUAUGUCUAAAAAAUAACCUCAAAUUAUUUUUUGGCAUGAAUAUAUUAAUUUAUCAGUUUGUCAAGGUUUUUUGUACUGGAUAAUUAUUAAAGAUGCAUUUUGUAUUGGUUUUAAUUGUAAACUAAGUUUAUCAGCGAGGUUUGAUUCUACUUUGUAUCUUUUUUCUUUGAACUGAUUAUUCAGCCAUUAAUUUACUUUGCUCUGAAUAUUAUUAUUAGAGUAAUUAUACCAUUUCCCAUAAGCGACCAAUUUGUAUGAAAUCUCUUUGUGUAGUCAUAUUUGUAUGAUCUCAUUAGCAAUAUGCUCUUUUGAAGUGUUUUAAAAUGACAUGUUUAAGUCUUUAUAAGGAAUGAGGGAGCAAACAGCUUUACUUAUAAAGCCAUUAAAGUACAUCAGAACAUCUAA